UAUUUACGAGACACAGAUGAUGAUGAUGGGUGCUUGAGAGAAAUAUAUUUACAAAUGACAUCUGGAGAGCUCGAUAAGGCAGUUGAAACUGCACUUAAAACUGGAAACAUGAGACUUGCUUUACUGUUAGCUCAAACAAGAGGCUCACAAGUGUCAAGAGUUGCUAUAGCUAAACAAUUAAUGACAUGGGAAGAAAUGAAAGCUGAUCAACAUAUUUCAGACACUGCAAUGAAAAUCUAUUCACUGAUUGCUGGGAAAGCGGUUUGGCACUCAAGUAGAGGACGUAUCAAUGCAUGUGAGGGUCUGGAUUGGAAAAGAUGUUUUCUCAUUCAUCUGCUUUAUAUUGCACCACCUACAUCCCCUAUACAACAUGCUGUUGAAUUGUACAAUGAAGCAUGGCAGGGUAAAAGUGAAUUGGGAAAAUAUUGUGUUGCUCCAGCACCUCCUCACAUUGAAAGAGAAUCAGAUCUUGAAGAGUUACCAACUGAACAUUCUUCCACUCACGACAUAUGUUUCCAUCUCAUACAACUAUAUUGCAACAGAUCUCACAACCUGGACAGCAUACUCAGCUCGGGCUCUUCAGUACCAUAUCCUCUUGACUUGAGAGUGUCAUGGAGAGUGUUCUGUGCUCUGCAUGUGGCUGGGUAUCAUCUCCAACUGCAACCAACAUCUCGAACUUCACUGCAUGUCGCAUUUGCUAGUCAGUUAGCAGCUCUAGACCUAUGGCAGUAUGCUGCAAUGGUUUUGAUGCAUAUUGAAAAUAGCAGAGAAAGAGAAAUUCAUGUUAAAAAUCUCCUGUCUUAUCAUUUGAUGUCAUCAACUGAUGAUGAGGAAAAGGAGGAUUUUCUCAGAAGCAGUUUGGCGAUUCCCAAUUCCUGGUUGAGUGAAGCUAAGGCUUUGCGUUCUCGUUUCUCAGAAGAUAAAUACAGAGAAGCAGAAGAGUUGGUCAAUGCACAACGAUGGAGAUGUGGACACGAUGUUAUAAUGCGACAUAUAGCUGCAGAUGCCCUCAUUGAUGACUAUCUACCAUAUUUACGUUCCUUGCUGGAACAAAUCCAAGAGGGCGACCAAGCAUCGCUUAUUCCAAACUGGGAAUUCGCAGGCAAAGUUUAUUUCGAUUACAUCAUAAUCAAUAAUAAAAUACAACAAUUACAGGAGUCUGAUAUGCCGAUGAUGGAAAAUGGUUUAGAGGAAUUACAGCAAGCAAUAACUUCGUUAUGUCAUAGAGUAGCAAGAAUAGAGACCCGAAAUGCAAGGGAUAGACUGGCUAAAGCAGAAAUGGGAAAACAAAUCCUAAAUCUUUAUCAAAUUGUUCAAUCUCUUCAACACCAGAGUGAUGACAUGUUGUCAUCGAUGCCGUACAGCGGAACUUCUUCUCUCCUUGAAGGUCACAUUGAACAGUUGCGAUUACCUGAAGAUUAUGCAAUAGAAGAGUUGAAAAUAAUGGUGCGAAAUCACCUGACACGCAUACAUCGGGUGACGAUAUAACCAAACCGAAAUAUGUUGGUUGAAACAUGUAAAGCAUAAAAUUUAAUCAAGCAUCGUGCUAAGGCGCAUAUGUCAGGUCUUAAUGCUGUUUCAAUAGGAUAGUUGUUUGUAGCUUGUAGCAUCCUAAUAUUCAGUUUAUUUGGUAUUGCAGUCAUUACUACAAAAUGAAAAAUGCGGAAUUUUUAAAAAUCAUUUUGAUCAUAUAUUUCUUCUGCUCCUUCCAUUAUCUGUAUUUACAUGCUGAAUAGUGUUGCAAUAAACUGCAAAUUCAACAACAGAAAUAUAAAAACUUCAAAGAGUAAGGCGUCGUAGCUAAUGAAUUCAUAAGAAUAAUAUCUUCUCAACAGUCCAAAUUAAAAGAAUAUUUGAAAUUCUCAUUAUAUGUAAUUUGACAUGCAUUUUUACGACAUCUUGAUUAUGAAUGCGUCUUCCUCUUUGCUAUAUGUUACAAGAAUCAAUCUCCUGAAGACUAAAUAAUUCAGUUUUCUUUAUAAUUGCACCCAAGUCACUGC